GGUGCGCCUUUGCUGCCUUUGCCUUGCGUUCCGAGGAGCCUCUUCUUCUUCCCUGGCUUUGGAGGGCAGAGGAGGCACCAGGAAAGGGGGGAUCGGACCAGCCCUGGCUCUUCCCACCCUCCCCAGGGCAAGGCAAAGCAGGAUGCCGAGGGAGUGACUCGGAGAGGAGGCUGGGACUCCAGCUCUGUCCUGGAUCUUGGUGACAACUUUGUGGUUUUUUGGGGGGAGCAAAAGUUGCAGACUCUGGAGUGGUCAUCUGACAGCUCUUGGAAGAGGUGGAAGACUGCAAUUCUGAAAAAACUCCACAGAGAUUGUUUUUUUUCUUCCCAAGAACAUCUGUCAACAGAAAGAUCUGCAAAGGAAGUCCAUUUGAGAAACCCUGGUGUGGAAAAAUGACUUCAAGUUGUGUAAUCCCAGUGUUUGCUUUAAUAGUUGGUUGUUUAGCAUCUGCAGGUCCUGUGCCUACAAAUCAGUGUGUAUUGUCACCUGUCAACAGCUCACAUCCAGUUCAAGCAUUGCUGGAGAGUUUUACAGUCUUAUCCGGCUGUGCAAGCAAAGGAACUGCUGCAUUGCCGCAGGAGGUUCAUGUCCUCAACCUGCGGAGACCUGAAGAAGGCUCUGGCCACCAUGACACGGAGGUUGCCUUGCAUCUGAAUCCAAUUUCUUCCAUUCAUGUCCACCAAAAACCACUGGUGUUCUUACUGAACUCUCCUGUACCCUUGGUGUGGAAGGUUAAAAUGGAAAGACUAGCCCCAGGGAUUCCACGAAUUUUCAUUGUUUCAGCAAGUUCCAUAGUGCUGUUUGAGAAAGAAAACUUCUCCUUGUCAGCAAAAAUAGAGGAGAAGCCACUCCCUCAAGGAAAUAAGCACCUGCUACAAUGGGCCCAAAAGGAAUAUGGCGCAGUAACAUCUUUCACUGAACUCAAAAUAUCCAGAAAUGUUUACAUCAAAGUGGGUGAAGAUCAAUUUUUUCCUACGACAUGCAAUAUAGAAAAGAACUUUAUUUCUCUGAACUACCUUGCCGGAUACCUACAGCCAAAGGCAGCAGAGGGUUGCAUUGUUUCCAGUUUGGGCCAAGAUAGAGAAGUUCAUAUAAUUGAAUUGAUCACUCCGGACUCGAACCCAUACAGUGCUUUCCAGGUGGAUAUCAUCAUUGACAUUAGACCAUCUCGACCAGACACCACACUUGUCAGGGAUCUUGUACUUAUCCUCAAGUGCAGAAAGUCUGUCAAUUGGGUUAUCAAGUCACAUGACGUGAAGGGGAAACUGGAAGCGAUCGCAGCAAACAGUGUUGGCUUUGGAAAAGAAUCUGAAUGCUCUAUGGUGAUGACUAAAACUAUAUUGUCAGAUCUUCCCUCCUCCCAUGAGAGCUUGAUUAUGUGGGCUUACGACCAUGGCUACCGUCCAGUUUCUUCCUAUACAAAAGCACCUGUAGCUAAUCGCUUUCACCUUCGGCUUGAGGACGCUGAAGAAAUGAAUGAUGAAGAAGACCACUUUCUUCCACCUGAACUGGAGGAACUACUACGUGGUGUUAACCCUCUGCCUGCUCCCAUGCCAUCCUUGGAAUUUGACUUCCUUCGUGGCAAUCAUGAUAGCACCUUGCUGACAACUGAGACGAUGGACUCAGUUAUGGCCAAUCAUGGCUUUGAGCAAUUUUUCCCCAAAGUCACUGAACCAGAAGAAGUCCAGGGUAGUGUUGAUGUUGCCCUUUCAGUGAAAUGUGAUGACACCUCAAUGACAGUAGCUGUAGCAAAAGACUCACUGGAGGCUAGUGGUUACAUUGGCACACAACUCUCCCUGCUGGAUCCAAAAUGCAGAGCAAAGGCAAACCAAACUCAUUUUAUCUUGGAGUCAUCAUUGCAUGAUUGUGGGACUCGACGGAUAGCAUAUCCCUUGGAUAAUGUUGUGUACCUGAACUCUAUUGUUAUUCAGCUAUCAUCACCAGUUGAAUCCAGUGGCUGGGCUGUUGAUUAUGAAGACAUGGAGUCAGGGGAUAAUGGUUUUCCCGGUGACACGGAUGAAUCAGACAUCACAUUUUCCAGUCGGUCUGAAAUUGUUGUGUUCAACUGCACAUUCCAUCAGCCGAAAGCUCCUAAGUCUCCCAUGCACUGGCCACCUGAAACACACAUCGGCAAUGUGACCUUUCACAUGGAACUCUACAAGACAGACCUCUUCCAUACUCCAACGCAAGGCUUCUUCUCUGUUGCAGAAAAUGACCAGAUUUUUGUUGAGAUUUCUCUGACCAAGGCUGAAAGAUCCUUGGGCUUUGCAAUCCAAACUUGCUUUAUUUCUCCAUACUCAAACACUGACAGGAUGUCAGAAUAUACCAUUAUUGAAAAUAUCUGUCCUAAAGAUGAAUCUGUCAAAUUCUACAACAUCCCAAAGACAAAUUUCCCUAUACUGAAUGCACAAAUGGACAAAAAGCAUUUUAGUUUCCUGUUUAAAUCCAUAUUCAACACCUCCCUUCUCUUUCUGCACUGUGAGGUGACCUUGUGCACAAAGAAAGAAAAAGAUACUCAAGGACUGGCCAAGUGCAUCCCUCCUGAUGAAGCUUGCACCUUCCUCAGUGUUGACAUGAUCCUGGCAAUGAUGCAGAAUAAGAAAACUUUCACCAAACCCCUUGCUGUGAUAACGCAUAAAGGGAGGCCAGAAGAUAAAUCUUCUUAUCCAAAGCCUCCUGAAGGGUUACAGCCUGUCGUCUAUGGCCUGGACACAAUGACAGUUGUGGGCAUUGCCUUUGCAGCUUUUGUGAUUGGGGCCUUGCUAACAGGAGCAUUAUGGUUCAUCUAUUCCCAUACAGGUUUCAUAGAUAAAAAGGAAUGAAAAACAGAGCAAGGAAGAGAAAAUAAAGAAGUGGGAGAACCAGCAGGAAGACAGCAGGUACCCACAUCAUCGCCAGCUUCUGAAAACAGCAGCGCAGCCCACAGCAUUGGCAGCACACAAAGCACUCCCUGUUCCAGUAACAGCACGGCCUAACCCAGGCGGAGGGCAGGAUGCAAGUCUCUGAAGCAACAUAGGAGCGGAGAGGUUCAUAGGAGCUGAUUUAUUGUCAUUUGCUCUGAUGGAUUUGGCUUCUUUUGGCAAUUUAGGGAGGAAGGAUUUCCUUCAUUGGUCACCUUUUCCUGGAUGAGUGUCAUCCUUGAACCUCUUGUGGCACGUAAGCUAAGACAUGACAAAGCUACUAUUUAUGUACAGCUGUGGACUGUGUAGAGAGGUCCACAGGCUCUCAAUGUGAAACACAAGCCAGACCCACCGCCAUCGCCACCUUCUUAUGCCGUAAAUGCUGCUUUGUCUCUACAGAAUCACAGUUCGGGGAUUCUGCAAGUGUCAAGGAGACACAAGGUGUCUGUAAAGGGAUUUCAGUCUCAUAAGCUGGGGAAAAGAGUUUGUUUUCUUUCUUGUCCCCCACACCCACCCCUCAGCUCCUGACUUUUUGGUUAGGAGAUUCCAUCUCAUCAAAACAAGGAUGUUUCAAACACAGAGUGAUUAACUAUUAAGAUGAUGGGUUUUGUCAGCUGUACUUGACCAUUUUGCUGUAGCUGCUUGGUCAUUUUUCUGAUGGCUGUGCUUACUUGAGCACAACAUUCUUCCUGCUAACCCACAGCCCUCUGGUUCUGUGUUCCCCAGGUUUAGCCAUCAGUAGCAGGCAAGAAACUGAAGCAAUGUAUAUAUGGGGUAAAAUGUCUUGGGUCAGAAAUUUCUCAUGAUCAUGAAUUUGCCUUUAUUUUUUUUUUACAUCGCCAAGUGCUGAUUGGAUACAUGAUUCAACAUGUAGUGCUGUUCCAUUUUCCCCCCUCAUGCACAUCUCCAUUUUAUUUAGCUUAUAAGUUCUAGUCUCAUUUCUUUACCUAGAAUACAAUUCACUGUGUAGCACCUGUUACAUGUAAUCUUCCAAUUUGCUUAGAAGGUGUCAGCCUAUUCAGUGCACAGCAGCAGCGAUAAGCACAUCCAUAUUCAAAACUUCAUCAUUUGCUGCAGUGCUAGGCACAGCUUUUGAUGCACAUUUCCACUGUCUGCCCUCAGUAUUUCAGUGUAUGAGGAAACCCUGUAUUUCUUACAAGUGUCAUGUCCAUACUGCAGUCCCUCUUUAGCUGUGUCCAGUAGUAACUGUGUGCUACAAUAUAGCAUAUGCAUUGUUUUGUGUGGCCUUUGUGGCAUGGCUGAAUAUAUUCUGGGAUACCUGAAUGUACCUCAGCAAAUGUGGAAGUGGUCAAAUAUUAGAAGGAAAAUCUAGAAAGUAAAAUGGCUGCCAAGAUAGCCUUCAAUUUUUGACUCAAGGUUCUUAAGAGCGCUGUCCAUUGUAGGACAGAUAGCUUCAUUUUAUUGAUUUUGACAGAUCUAUAAGUCUUUCUAGACUGGCAUAUGAAAUGCAGCAGUUUUAAUCUCUGACUUGGGAACAUGCAGAUAUAUCCACAUUUUGGGAGUGACUCAUAAAGCAACACCAGAGUGUUUUCAAAUUUAGACAAUUAUUUUAGUAGUAUUAUUUGAUUUUCAUCCCUUAUGAAUGAAUAUUAUCAACAUCUAACUUUUUGUCAUCAAAAAUAGUUGGGCCAGGCCUUCCUUCUUUAUGGUUCCAACAUCUUUAUUGGAAGAUGGAGGGUGACAGCAAGUAGAGGCACCGAGAAGCAAAGUACAUGAUUCACCAUCAAUCAGAAUGAAAGGGUUCCUUAUAAGUAUGUUUUGUAUCAAAUUCCUUGAUAGCCAUCUUAAAAUUGCAGUUGGAUAUAUCCCAAAGCAGCAUUUGAAAUGCAGAGAGAGAGAGAGAGAGAGAGAGAGAGAACAAACAAGUACUAAUUUUCACUAUAAUCUUUAGAAAUCCUGGCUCCUCCUAGUAUUGAUACUGAAAUACCACCCAAAUGAAAACUGAAGGACCUAAUUUGAAACUGUAGGGAUAUUAAGUUGUCACUUUGUGAACUGAAUCAUGGACUUCUGAUUCCUUCCUCCUGGAAACAAUAAAAGAAUCACUGCUCUCCCUUUGCAGACAGUCAAAAACAGUUCUUUUAGCCUUCGGUGGAGAUUGCUUUUCUUCUAUUCCUUCCUGCCAUAUCAGAAAGGAAAGUUUUGUUGGCACAAGAAUAAGU